AUGACUCUCACGGACGGCGAAUGGCUUUACAAAAUUCACCCGACACCAAACUUUAUCAGUGUGGCUGCAUCGCUUGGUGAAUAUGGCCCUUCGGGAAGUGAAGGUCAUUUUGUAGCCUUGGGAGGGAUACGGUGGUCUCAGGUAGCUGGCUGGUGGGCGAAAAUAUCUCAAGUCACCCCACAAAUGCAACCAGCCUUUCAACCAAACCCUGACUACAUGCCAAAAGGCGUCCAUACAACGAGCGGAGGAGCGCCUCAAUUUGUCCGGCUGCCUCAAAAUCUCCUCAAGGAUGCUAAGGAGCCAUGGCUCUCACUAGAUCCAAAUAAACCCGGCGCACUCAGUAUUCCUGACCGAGUUCGAUCUUUCAUGGGAGAAAUAUCGGCAGAGGUGGGCUGGGAUGGUAGCUUCCCGUUGAUUAGUUCUCCAGACGAGGCAGAUGAGGAGAGAAAACAGAACAUCACGGCGAACCCCCCGGCAGACGCUGUGGAAAACGAGGCCAUCAAAGUAGCCGAGGAGCAGAAACAGGUGGACCAGAUGUCAGACGACGAAUCACACCUCAUUAAGGAGCGGCUAGACGAUAUAGCCAAAGCCACCUCGACGCUAGUCGCCUCAAGCACAACGAUGUAUGUCCUUACUAAAGCCACUUGUUUUUUCAUGGCCUUUGCCGGGGGGUUAACAGCUACGGAAUUCCUGGGUUCUGAUAAAAUUGCAUCGACGGCUGCUGAGAGCUUUCAGCUAAUUUCACGACUCGUUGCGACCCUGAGUCAAGAUGCACUGGUUAACCCCACCUCAACGAAGCAAUUUCUGCACCGCCUUGACGGGAUCAUAUCGGAGACCUUGGGCCACGUGGAGGAGCAGACUCAGCAGGAGAUUAACAAGAUCAUAAUGGAAGUCCCGGCAAUUCUAUCAUCAGGCUUAAGUGUACCGCCAGAAGGCCUUGCGACCUUGCCACGCCCGCCACGCGACUGGCAAACUCAUCUGCCGUCACUUGGUUCGGUCAUGAAUGACAUAGUCUCAGGAGUUUUAGCAGACUUCAUCAGAGGUCUAGCGGAAACAAACUCUGCAGUGUUGGAGCUUCCAGGAGGAGUACUAACGGAAACAUCCGGUGAAGAACAAUGGACAGAAUUCAUUGCCAUGGAAGAAGUCAUAUUGCGUGAGGAGGCCGCCGCAGUUGAACGGGUGAUAAAUAUUAUCGAGAAUCUAACUUUGUGA